CAAGUAUAAAAGGUCCCGAAAUUCGCAACAUUGAUUCAGUUCAACCAACCUAAUUGCAAAAAUAUGCAUCAAGUUCUCGCCUCAACUGCCCUAGUCCUGGGCGUCGUAUCGCUCGCAUGGGGCCAACUUCCCUGCCAACCUCGCCGCUUUCCUGAGGGAAUGGUCUGCAUGUGCGAUGAGUUGUGGUGUGACACCCUUUCACCCACCGUGGCAUCGCCGCCCGGCACCGUCCAAAUCUUUGAAAGCGAUCGCGACAACGACAAACGUUUCGUCCGUCGACUUCAAGACUGGAACGGAACUGAAGACCCGAUCGGGCAGACGUGGAACAUCAUUUUGCAGAAACAAUCACUCCAACAAGAAAUACUAGGGAUUGGAGGAUCUUUCAGCGACGCGGCGGCUCUGACAAUCGGUCGUCUAUCUCCGAAACUUCAGAGGGAUGUUUACACCUCAUUCUUUGCUGAUACCGGGGUAGAAUUUGCUCUUGGAAGGAUUACAAUUUCAGGCUCGGACUUCUCAACGAGGUCGUAUUCUUACGACGACGUUGUAGAAGACAUUGGGUUGGACUCGUUUUCCUUGGUCGAUGAGGACAUCUCUUAUAAGAUUCCACAAUUAAAAUUAGCCCGAGAAGUUGCUGCUCAAGAUGUGAAAUGGUUUGGCUCAAGCUGGGCCCCACCUGCAUGGAUGAAGACGAACAAUGCUUCCAACGGUGCCGGAACUUUGAGGGACGGACCGGGUUCUGCAAUUUGGGAGUCUUACUCAAAAUAUUUGGUCAAGUUCUUGGACGCCUACAAAGAAAACGGUGUCGAUCUUUGGGGCAUGACUGUACAGAACGAGCCAAUGACCGGUUUCGCCCCAGACUAUCCUUGGAACACUUGCGGCUUCACUGCCGCCAUGGAAAGAGACUUCGUAAGCCAGCAUCUCGGCCCAAAUCUCAACGCUGCUGGGUACGACACCUCGUCGAAUUUCUCCUUAAUGGUUCUGGACCACGAUCGCUCCUACAUUCAAAACUGGACCGACACCAUCUUAACCGACCCCGUCGCUGCGCAGUACGUGGCUGGCGUGGCGGUCCACUGGUACGGCAAUGACUUCGUUCCCGUCUCAAUUUACGAAGAGAUUGUGGCCAGAUUCAACAAAUUCAUUCUUUCCACCGAGGCGUCCAUGGUUUUCUGGGAAGACCCGGUCGGGUUGGGGAAUUGGUACCUUGCCGAAACCUACAUGCAAGACAUUGCCAGCACGACGUCGCACUCCGUGGCUGGAUGGGUGGAUUGGAACUUGGCCUUGAAUAUGUCUGGGGGACCAACCUGGGCUGGCGUGAGUGAGCGUUCCGCACCAAUCAUUGUGAACGAUGAGGGAACAGAGUUUUACAAGACGCCAAUGUUCUACGCGCUGGGUCACUGGAGUAAAUUUGUCGUUCCUGGGUCAAGGAGGAUUGCGACGGUGCCUCCGCACCCGGGUACUUCCGAUUUCCACUUUACUGCCUUCUUAAGACCGGACGGUGGAGUGGCAAUUGUCGCCUGUAAUAUGUACAUGGAGCCGCAAGUUAUCAAUUUGACGGAUGCGGAUCGAGGCAACAUUAAAAUUUUAGUGGGGCCCAAAUCCUUCAAUAGUUACUUGUAUUAUUAGAAAAUUUUGGAAAAGGUCAUAAAAUAAUUAGGGAAAAUGUAAAUUAGUUAACCAAAAUGUGUUCAUUGGAUUGGCGUGUUGUGCAGAGGCUACACAAUAAAUUAUGGGUUUAAAAAUUAUAA